GUUUUGCCAAAAAUCGUCGUUUAAAGCGGGGUGCAGUGCCCACCAUUUACGCAGCUAAUGAGGUGGAUUCCCAGCGUACGGAAAGAGCUCAGCACAGAGAAAACAAAAGAAUCGUAAGCGAGUUACUUCAGCAGAGUGAGACUGCCGCUGUCACUGAAACCGUUGUGAGUGACACUGUUAACGUAGAUGUGACUGAUGAAAGUCUGAAUAGUAAGGAAAAUAGCCUUAUGGAAGAAAAUAUUUGCGAUAUAGCUGAUGUAGAUAUAACUGAUGAAAGUCUGAAUAGUAAGGAAACUAGCCUUAUGGAAGAAAAUGUUUGCGAUAUUUCCACGACGCGGGAAGUAGAAGAAAUGGAACCAAAACUAGAAGCAUUAAA